UUUUUUGUUUUUACCCCUUUAGAUAGUUCUUCUUUCACUUAUCUUGGUUGAUGAAUUGAUUUAUUUAUUUUUUCACUAAAAUAAUGUUAUGAAGUAAAUUUAAACCUAUGAAUUUGAAGGGGGCUAAAAGAAUUUACCUUUAGUAAUGUAUCUUGCUAGUUUGAUUUGUGCAUUUGCAGAAGUUGGGAUUUUUGAUAGUACAAAGUCAUGAUUUUUUGCUCAUACUAGAAAUGUUAGAACUUAAAUUGGAGGCUCAAUGAUUUUGUUCUUACUAAUGCAGUUAUCAAGAAAAAAGAGAUACUGUACGAAAAUGAUUGCUGGCAGAGAAGAUUUAUUGUACUAAAAUUUGGAGUUUUGUCCUGUAAUUUGACUACAACUAUUGCUUGAUAUCUAUAUAAGGACAUUGGUUUUGUCUGCAUUGUCCGGCCUAAUGGUGUGCCGAAUUUCAACUGUAUAUUUUGGGUUGAAAUGAAGAGUCCGAGUAAUGCUGCUGCUUCGAAGGUCUUCUCAUCACACAAAGCUUAAUUAGGCAAAGUAGGAAGAAGGCUUUAACCUUAUAUCAUACACUUGCUGGUUACAUGCUGCUACUCCAAGAUUAAGGAUGAAAAAACUUUUCUUUCCCAAAUCUUCGUCAUCACAUGGAGAAGAACGUCAGAGAUCUCCAGCGAAAAGAGAUAAGAAACAGUCUCCGCAAAAGCAAUGGAAGGCAGUAACUUCAGGAAAUUUGGAGAAUAAGUUACAAAGUUCCGGGCAAUUCUUCUGUGACCAAAAAGUUACUGAGAAAAAAACCAUAUCACGGACAAGGAGCUUAGUUCUAAAGAGGAGCCGGAGCUUUCAAAUGUCAUCAGCAGAGGACAACAAUGGUGGGUUCAGUAAACAAAUCCCAAGUGGAUUGACGGAUUCAAAAAAUAUUACAUCAAGCCUCAGAAUGUGUAAUUGUUCUGAUUGUGAUUAUAACUCCAGAAACAGCGAUUCAAGGACAGAAAGAUUUAAUGUAGCUACCAUUCAAAUACCUCAUGCAGAAGUCUUACGUGACCAUGCUUGUUCCUGCCCGUCCAAUUCAAGUUCACCUCGGAGUUCCUUUGGUUCAACUACAGUCCCAGGGAAAGUGCUAGACCUAUACAUAGAUGGUGAGCAUCAUCAAGAAAGGAAGUUUGGAAUCAGUAGUCUUUAUCCUAGAAGUUCCAAAGAGCGCGAUUUGUUUUUCUCUUCUGAUGUUACAUCUAGAGAGUACUCUUUGGAGUCCAAAAAUCAACACGAGUCUCCAAGAAAGCUUGCAAAAGAUGUGGUUGAAAGACUUCUGAGGAUAGAACAUUUAUGUGAUCCAAAAAAACGUGGAGAUAAGGAUUUAGAUGGGCAAAGGUGUAAGCCCACAGUUGAUAUCUCAGAAAAAAAUUCUCCACUGGAGGAUAUCCUUGACAAGCACUUGGAUGGGAAAAGUUUUACAUUGUUAUCUGAAGAAACGGAUGAUCCCACUGAUUUAGCAUUGCAGUGGAAACUAGAGGAAGUUAAAGAGAAGGUGCGGCUACUCUCUGGCCAGCUUGCUCAUGGAGGAUUGUUUCAGUAUAACAGUGGUGAUUUAUCAGCUUUGUGCCAGACUGUCAGAAGCCUACUUGACGAGGAAAGGAACUUGGCACUUGAUAUGUAUGAUCAAUUACAGAGUCGAAUUGCUGAAAGGAUUGCUGCUAAAGAAGCAGCGUCAAAAUUGAAGGGAGAAAUGAACUCAGCGAUAACAAAACUGGAGAAAGAGAAAGAUGAGAUGCAUUCUCGGUUACAGAAGGAGCUGGAUAGAAGGUCGGGUGAGUGGGAGAUCAAACUUAGAGAAUUUGAAUCAGAAGAGCAGCGAUUAAGAGACCGAGUAAGAGAACUUGCAGAGCAAAAUGUGUCUCUUCAGAGAGAAGUUUCGGGUUUCUACAACAAGGAAAAAGAGUACACUGAUAGAUUAUCACACAUGGAGAUUCAUCUUAAGAAUCUAACAGCUAAAAUGGAUACAACUAAAUCAGAAAAUGACAGUCUGCAGAAAAAACUGUCUGGGAUUCAAGAUAAGUUGAGAGUUGCUGAAGAAGUUCAAUCAUCUAUGGAAAGAAAUUACAAAGAAAAAGAGAGAGAAUAUAUGGAGUUGACCAAAGUAGUUUCAAGGCUACAAGGGACUUGUAAUGAACAAGAGAGAACAGUUGAUGGAUUAAGGCAAUGCUUAAAAUCAGAGAACUUGACAAAUAAGUUGCAAAUAGAGCAACUCCGAUUAACAGGAGUUGAACAGGAUCUGAGGAGACAGCUUGAGACUUCAUCUGCUGAAACGAACACUCUUCGGAGUGAAAACAUAUAUUUGUUGGAGCGUAUAAAAGGUAUGGGAAAAGUGGGUGGAUCCUCAGCUUUGAAGUUGGAGCAGGAGGUCGGAUCUUAUGUUCAGUGCUUGAAAAACACGGGAUUAUCACUUUUGAAUGAGAGUAUCCAAAUGUGUGAAAAUUUGCUCCUUGUUCUCGAGAGGAAAACAAGUUCUGAGGGAUUUGUGGAAUCACAUUCUUUCAUUCAAUAUAGUAUAAAAGUUCAGGGAUUCAGGAAGGAUUUAGAGCAGCUAACAAGAAGCCUACGAAAAACUGCUUCUGUUUUACAGGAGAACACCGAGCUAGUUAGUGUUGAGCCUCAAUUACGUGAUACAGCUAACAGAAAGACAAUUGAGGAUGAUCUGAAAUCCGAGGUCAAGGCAGAGAGACUAUUGACAAGCAUCCUUAAAGAAAAAAUGUAUUCUAAAGAGAAGGAAGUAGAAAAAAUGCAGGUCGAACUAGCCAGAUCACUAAGGAGUCAUGAUGUCCUUAAGAGAGAGAUCCAGGAGGGAGCUGAUGCUGUUUCUUGUGUUAAUCAUAAAAUGAAGAAUCUUGAGCUUCAGAUGAUCAAAAAGGAUGGUACCAUAAAUGAGCUCCAAGGAGACUUACGGUCGUGUGAAGAGGAGCUCACAACAACUCGAGGAAUUUUAGCGAAAGUAAGUCAAGAAAGAGAGUUGAUAUGGCAACAAGUGGAGGAAUAUAGCGAGAAAAACAUGUUGCUAAACCGCGAAGUUGUGUCACUUAAGAAGAAGAUAGAGGGCCUUGAAGAAGAUACACUCUUAAAGGAUGGUCAGAUCUCAAUCUUGAAAGAUAGCCUCAGUAAUGCUAAAUCUUUCAAUAUUCUUUUUGAGUCUGAACAAAUGAAUGAGUUUUGAGCUUUGCUUGCUGGAUUAAAAAAGUGUGAACUUGAAGUUCAGGCGCAAGUCCUGUCAAUGGGUAGUCUAAUUUGAAGUGUUCAUCCGUUCCCUUCAUCAAAUGUUUGCGUACUUGGUAAUAUAUGUGACUCAUAAUGUUGCGACUUGCGAGUCGUAGACUAAAAGAGUAAGAAGGCGAGCACUAAUUGGAGGACGAAGGAAGUAUAAUGUACCUUAUGUACAAGAAUUGGACAAGGGUACUUCUUGGUUUUGGAAUGAAGAGUAGUUGUCUUGUGUUUCGACCAUGUAAGAUAAUUAGAUAGUGUUUUCUUUAGAGGAAGAGAGAUUAAUAUGUACUUGUUUUUUUUUUUUUUCCAAAUAUAUAGGAAAUAAUAUCGAUUACAUGAAUUGUUAUUAGAUUCUGUUUGGUGUAUGUUUUUAAAUAAUAUUUUAAUAUAUGUAAUUAGAAUUAUCAAAAGUAGGGACGAAUUACUUA